AUGGAAGGCGAACGGUUUCGACGGAACAAUCGCGAGGAAACAGGACAAGAGCGCAUCGAAGAUGAGAGCAUUGGAGCUUUUAGAACGGAGUUUGGUGAAAGCGACGAGUCAUUACCAUUAUCAAUGUCUGAUUCUGGGAUCAGAAGGCGAACCCAAAUCGUCACGGACUUGAGGGACAGACUUGCAGAAGCUACACCAAGUAUCAUCUUCGAGGAUCAGAGCAUGCUGCCUGACGACCACAACGCCCAUUAUCUCUUACACUUUCUGAAACAUGGCGAACCUGCUUGGAUAUCUGAUGGUUCUGAACAUGAAAUGAGUAGGAUAAUAUCCGCAUGCUAUCGUUGUGCCAGGGAGGAGCGGAGUAAAGGCUCAUGGGUGAUGGACUAUGUCCGACCGAUCUUGGACUUGGCCAUCAAUGAUCUGCCCUUGGAGUCGUGGAGCGUGCAAGCGGAGCCUAUGAGGGACAGGUAUCGGCCUCAGCAUAGUGCCAGAGGCAUGUUCAACAGCAACCUUGACUUGGUCGUUGGUGUACCGAAAGAGCCUUGGGGAGAGUCUUUAGGCUCGCUGGGAUAG